GUUUGCUACUGAGAUUUAAAAGUAGCAACACCUCUUUUUUUUCCCCUAACCAUACAACAUUCAUCUAAAAAUAAAAAAUGGAACUGUUAGAAUAAAGUAACCUCACGCAGCACCUUGACUUCUUCGUGUGUCUCUGCAGCUUUCCUCCUCAGCCACAGCUAAAUUUACAAGAAACAAGUAAUGUAAAAAAAAAAAAAUGCAGAGUCUAAGCACAAAAAAAUUGAUGGGGUGUGAGGAGAGGAGGGGGGUCACAGGAAACCCAAGUUGACGGGAACCCAAGUGACAUUUGGGCUUAAUGAAUGACUUAAAACCCCAAUAUUGCUCGUCAGGAAAUGGGGAGAGGAAACGGAGUGGUGUUUUGAGAGUAUAAAUUAGGGGCUCCAUCAAGGUGAAAGCUGCAGAUCUGCUUUGUACCCUCCAGUGGGAUCCAGCCCAGAGCUGCAGCAGAGGGGAGCAGCCUUUCCCCCCAGCAUGAGGACCUGCUCCAGGGGCACAGCCGUGCCCAUCCUGCUGCUGCUGCUGCUGCUGCUGGGCACCGUGCCCACCCGCGCCCAGCCCUCCUGCCUCCACUUCCCCGAGCUCCUGCCCACCAAGCUCAAAGAGCUCAGGGUCAAGUUUGAGGAAAUCAAGGAUUAUUUUCAAUCAAAAGAUGACGACCUCAGCAUCCAACUGCUCAGCUCUGACCUGCUGGAGGAGUUCAAGGGGAGCUUCGGCUGCCAGUCGGUGUCGGAGCUGAUGGGGUUCUACAUGGAGGAGGUGCUGCCCAGUGCCAUGAGCACCAGCACUCAGCACCAGCACAGCAUGGGCGACCUGGGCAACCUCCUGCUGAGCCUGAGAGCCUUGAUGAGGCGCUGUCACAGAUUCUUCACGUGCGAGGAGAGGAGCAGGAGCAUGAAGCACAUCAAGGAGACCUUCACCAGGAUGAGCAAGAAUGGAAUCUACAAGGCCAUGGGAGAGUUUGACAUCUUCAUCAACUACAUCGAAAAAUAUUUAACAAUGAGGAGAAGGAACUGA